CGAAAAACUUUCACUGUAAAAUGGUGAAAAAGUAGAGAGAGAGAAUAAAGCACAGAAAAAAGUGUGGGAUUUGUCCUCCGCCGCCACCUCUCGUGCACAAUGGCCGCCAUUUGCUGCUCUCAGUUGAACCUCACCACCGCCGCCGCCACCACCACCACCACCACCUUUGUAUCAUCACCAAAAUCUCACACCAACUUGAGAUUCAACCCAUCGACUUUCGCACUACCAUCGUCGUCCUCUUAUUCCAAAUCCGCUGCCGCCGCCGCCGCCGAGCCCCAACCACUCUUCUCCUCCGUCAGAACCUUCGCCCCCGCCACCGUAGCCAAUCUCGGACCAGGCUUCGACUUCCUCGGCUGCGCCGUCGACGGCAUCGGCGACUACGUCAACCUCCAAAUCGACCCCAACGUCCACCCCGGCGAGAUCUCCAUCUCCCACAUCUCCGGCGCCGGCUCCAAGCUCAGCAAAAACCCCCUCUGGAACUGCGCCGGCAUCGCCGCCAUCGCCGUCAUGAAGAUGCUCAGUAUCCGAUCCGUCGGCCUCUCCCUCUCCCUCGAGAAAGGCCUCCCCCUCGGCAGCGGCCUCGGCUCCAGCGCCGCCAGCGCCGCCGCCGCCGCCGUCGCCGUCAACGAGCUCUUCGGAUCCCCCCUCUCCAAAUCCGAUCUCGUCAUCGCCGGCCUGGAGUCGGAGUCCAAGGUCUCCGGCUACCACGCCGACAAUAUAGCCCCAUCUAUAAUGGGAGGCUUCAUCCUGAUCCGCAGCUACGAUCCUCUCGAACUAAUGCCGCUCAAAUUCCCCUCCGAAAACAACCUCUUCUUCGUUCUCGUAAACCCGGAAUUCGAAGCCCCGACCAAGAAAAUGAGGGCGGCGCUCCCGACCGAAAUCACAAUGUCGCACCACGUCUGGAAUUCCAGCCAAGCGGGAGCUCUAGUUGCGUCCGUUUUGCAAGGCGACCUCAUCGGGUUCGGAAAAGCCCUCUCGUCCGAUAAGAUAGUGGAGCCGAGGCGGGCCCCACUGAUUCCGGGCAUGGAUGCCGUCAAGAAGGCGGCGAUCGCAGCUGGGGCGUUCGGGUGCACCAUUAGUGGGGCGGGCCCCACCGCAGUGGCGGUGACCGACAGUGAGGAGAAGGGGAGGGUAAUCGGUGAGAGAAUGGUGGAGGCGUUUAUGAAGGAAGGGAAUUUGAAGGCGUUGACCAUGGUCAAACAGCUCGAUAGAGUCGGAGCUCGUCUAGUCAGCAGCGUCCCCAUAUGAGAUAACGAUCCCUUGGUUCGAAUUUUUUUUUUGUCUCGAUUUUUCUUGCACUGGCAUUCAUUUAAGAAUUAUUUGCAUUAAUAAUGGUGGAAAGUAGUUAUUUGCAUUGGUUUUUAGCGGAUAAUUAGCAUUUGCAUUUGCAUUUGCAUUUGCAUUUGCAUUCGCAUUAGCGUACGUAAUUGUAGUUAAUGUAAGCGUGUUAUGUCUUUUCUCGGUCGAAAGCUAUAAAAGCUAUGCCUAAAUAUUGGUCUGGGAUAUAUUCCGUAAAUCGUGUGUUAAUCAUAUUGUAUUUUGCACGGCAAUACAGUAGGAUGAACCAACAAAUGGCAUACGAUUAUCGGAGACACGAUUCUUCAGUAACUGCACUUUGUUUGAAUUUUAUUCUCGAUUUUCUUGCACC